CAUAUGUUGAAGCAUACAGGUGAAAAACCAUAUAAGUGCUCUCAGUGCGGCUAUUCGUGUAUUGAUAGUAUUAGUUUUAAAACGGCAUAUGUUGAGGCAUACAGGUGAAAAACCAUAUAAGUGCUCUCAGUGCAGCUAUUCAUGUAUUGUCAGUAGCAGUUUAAAACAGCAUAUGUUAAUGCAUACGGGUGAGAAGCCUUAUACGUGUUCCCUUUGCAGCUUUGCAAGUGCUGUAAGCAGUAGUUUAAAAAGACACAUGUUAAGGCAUACAGAUGAAAAAGCUUUUAAGUGUUCCUUAUGUAACUAUUCUACUUGCAGAAGUGUAAGUUUACAAAAACACAUAUUGACGCAUACAAGUAAAAAUACUUACAGGUGUUCCGACUGCGACUAUGCAACUGUUCGUAUUGGGCAUUUAAAAGAGCAUAUGUCAAUACAUAUGGGUGAAAAACCUUAUAAGUGCUCCCAGUGCAGCUAUGCAUGUACUAAAAAAGAGAGUUUGAAAAAACAUAUAUCAAGACAUAUGAGUAAAAAUCCUUAUAAGUGUUCUCUUUGCAACUAUGAAAGUGCUGAUAGUAGACAAUUUGAAAUGCAUAUGCAAAAGCAUAAAGUAGAAAACCCAUAA